AUGGUAGAUGGUAAGACUCAUACGCCGCGAAUGCGACGUAAUUAUCAAUUGACGCCGGGAGUUAUGCGCUUUUCGGCAGCUCGAAUGUACGCAAAGAGAGGUGUUUAUGCAAAGAAACCAUUCCCAGUUGUAAAGAAAGCCGUUGUUGUGAAGGAAAAAUUCGUCACGAAACAAGUCGGAGGUGACAAGAACGGUGGUUCGAGAAAGGUGUUCUUGGACAAAGGGCCAAAAUACCUUCCUGAAUCGCGCCUUCAAAGAAAACCCCGCAGACAUGUCUCCAAGAGAGUUCCUCUCCGAUCCACAAUAACCCCCGGCACUGUUUUAAUCGUUUUGGCUGGCAGACAUAAAGGCAAACGAGUUGUAUUUUUGAAGCAACUUGAGAAGUCUGGUUUAUUGCUCGUCACCGGACCACUCAAGCUGAACUCAACUCCGUUGCGACGUAUCGCACAAGCGUUCGUUAUUGCAACGAAAACGAGGAUCGAUAUUUCAGGAGUAAAGAUUCCAGAUCACAUUGAUGAUGCAUACUUCAGACGUGUCAAUCCCAAGAAAGCACCGAAAAAGGGUGAUACAAGCAUCUUCGCGCAGACUGAUGCUGUAGUAAGUGUGAUGGCGCAAUGGUUAAGUGCUAGACAUUGCAUUCCAUCGCAGUUGGUUCGGUACCUGCCAGCGAUCAGCAUGUAUGAUCGUUCGAGUAAACGCUUUCAAAAAGCACUGAGCAAUGCUUCCGAAUGCAUUGUGCGGCCGUCGAAGAAAGCUAGAUAG